AUGGUGGCCCACUUCGUGCCAGCACAUGUUGCUGGUCGCUUAGGCCCCCCCAUUCGCCCUCGCUUGCCCGCGACGCUUUCAGUUCUUUGGCUCCCGUUACUCGUUUCCUCGCGUCGUCCACGAUCGCGCUCACUUCUGUUUGCCGCCCACGCUUCCAACCGUCGCUCCCUUCCAUUCACCUCCCUCCCUUCCGCGCGUCGCCCUGCUCGUCGCUCUACCUUUUGCCCGUCGCCCUCCCAUCCGCUCGUCGCUCUACCUUCCACGCGUCGCCCUCCCAUCCGAUCGUCGCUCCCUUCGUCCACCCUUCCGGCCGUCGCUCUCCCUUCCGCCCGUAGCCUUCCCUUUGUCUCGUCGCCCUUCCUCCCGCUCGUCCCAUCGCAAUCUGCGUCUUCCUCUCCCUCCCGUCUCCUUUCCCAUCGCGCUCCCUCUGUUCUCUUCCCUGCUUCCCCCCAUCCCCUUCCAUGCUUCCCCCCAUCCCCUUCCUUGCUUUUCCCCAUCACCUUCUCUGCUUCCCCCCAUCCCCUUCCCUGCUUUCCCCCAACCCCUUCCCUGCUUCCUCCCAUCCCCUUCCCUGCUUCCCCAUAUCCCCUUCCCUGCUUCCCCCCAUCCCCUUCCCUGCUUCCCCCCAUCCCCUUCCCUGCUUCCUCCCAUCCCCUUCCCUGCUUCACCCCAUCCCUUUCCUUGCUUCCCCCCAUCCCCUUCUCUGCUUCCCCCAUCCCCUUCCCUGCUUCCCCCAUCCCCUUCUCUGCUUCCCCACAACCCCUUCCCUGCUUCCCCCCAUCCCCUUCCCUCCAUCCCUUUCCCUGUUUCCUCGCAUCCCCUUCCCUGCUUCCCCAUGCCCCUUCCCUUGCUUCCCCCCAUCCCCUUCUCUGCUUCCCCCUAUCCCCUUCCCUGCUUCCCCCCAUCCCCUUCCCUGCUUCCCCCCAUCCCCUUCCCUGCUUCCCCCCAUCCCCUUCCCUGCUUCCCCCCAUGCCCUUCUCUGCUUCCCCCCAUGCCCUUCUCUGCUUCCCCCCAUCCCCUUCCCUGAUUUCCCCCAUCCCCUUCCCUGCUUCCCCCCAACCCCUUCCCUGCUUCCCACCAUCCCCUUCCCUCCAUCCCUUUCCCUGUUUCCUCCCAUCCCCUUCCCUGCUUCCCCAUGUCCCUUUCCCUGCUUCCCCCCAUCCCCUUCUCUGCUUCCCCCCAUCCCCUUCCCUGCUUCCCCCCAUCCCCUUCCCUACUUCCCCCCAUCCCCUUCCCUGCUUCCCCCCAACCCCUUCCCUGCUUCCCCCCAUCCCCUUCCCUGCUUCCCCCCAACCCCUUCCCUGCUUCCCCCCAUCCCCUUCCCUGAUUUCCCCCACCCCCUUCUCUGCUUCCCCCCAAUCCCCUUCUCUGCUUCCCCCCAUCCCCUUCCCUGAUUUCCCCCAUCCCCUUCUCUGCUUCCUCUCAACCCCUUCCCGGCUUCCCCCCAUCCCCUUCCCUGCUUCCUCUCAUCCCCUUCCCUGCUUCCCCCAAUCCCCUUCCCUGCUUCCCCCCAUCCCCUUCUUUGCUUCCCCCCAUCCCCUUCUUUGCUUCCCCCCAUCCCCUUCCCUGCUUCCUCCCAUCCCCUUCCCUGCUUCACCCCAUCCCUUUCCCUGCUUCCCCCCAUCCCCUUCUCUGAUUCCCCCCAUCCCCUUCCCUGCUUCCCCCAUCCCCUUCUCUGCUUCCCCACAACCCCUUCCCUGCUUCCCCCCAUCCCCUUCCCUGCUUCCCCCCAUCCCCUUCCUUGCUUCCCCCCAUCCCCUUCCCUGCUUCCUCUCAUCCCCUUCCCUGCUUCCCCCCAUCCCCUUCCCUGCUUCCCCCCAUCCCCUUCUUUGCUUCCCCCCAUCCCCUUCCACGCUUCUCUGCUACCCCUGCCCUGCUUCCCGAGGGCGUUUUUCUGGUCUGAGUUUUGGCGAGUGA